CAGAUGGAUAAUAAAUACAGGAGGCUGUCUGCAGAGCAACACUGAGAAGUUAAACGUCGCUUCAUCUUCACCAGAUCAUCAAACAACAUGAGCAGAUCUACAGACUGGGUUCCCUCCUUGUGGUUGGACACCUUUGAGGAACUGCUGAAUGAAGAUAAUGAGCUGGACUAUGGAGACCAGUGGACUCUCAACUUUAACUACAGCCAGACUGACAAAGUCACCAAGGAGGAGAGGAAGAGAGGCUGGAAGGUCUACUGUCACUGUGCCUAUGGAAAUUUCUGCUGUGCAUCCUGCAACAAGACCUGGCCUUCAGCACGGGUGGUGGUGUUGUUCCGCUACCGGCUGCGGAGUGACCGGGGGACGGUGAUCAUGCGGCCCUUUGGACAGGCCUGUCGCCGUUGCAAAGAUGAUGAGUUUGAUCUCCCUGGUUUCUCAAAGAAAGAGGUGGAGGAAGCCUUGCUCAGGCUGAUCCGCAAAAUCCGGAAGAACUGCUAUGGAGAUGAGGACGACGACGAUGAUGAUAGUGGCUCGGCAUGCUCUACCAAGGUGUGGACCAAACCUCACGAGUCUUCCCUUUGUGAGGCCUGCAUCAUGGGCAUUUGCUGUCAGGAUGAUGACUAGUAACAGUAUGACAAGUGUGUGUGUGUGUGUGUGUGUGUGUGUGUGUGAAAGAGAGAGAGAGAGAGAGAGAGAUGACUGCAGAAUGACUGUUGACUGCUCCUUUGGAAUUUGUACAUGUCCAUUUUCCUAAUAUUAUAAAGUUGGCUUAUUAUGUCAUAAUGAAGGUUAAUGGUGUGUUAUCGAAAUGACCAAGACAAACCAAUGUUAAGAUUGUUAAAGUAAAUAUAUAGAUUUGUAUCUUUUUUGUAUUUUUGUUGUUAUUAAUAAAGUUAUAAGUUUCACCAUG